UUAAUGUCAAAUAUUUGACUUUCUUUUAUGUUUUCGCUUUCAUUUUUACGUCUCAGAUUGGACUAAUGCUCGUAUCUUUCACAUACUGUCAUUAGAAGUUUAUUACUUUGAUAACAUAUGUCAAUGGAAAUAAACGAACAAGAUCAAGAAGAACAUCCUAUCGGACAGAAAGAUGAAAAUACUGUUGUUCCUAGUACUCCCAUUUUUAUGGAUCAGGAUGACAGUACAAAUUUUGCCAACACAAUGAAAGAUAGAUUCAGAAGAAAAGAGCAGUCGAAGGUGACGGGCAAUUCACAUAUAAAAAGAUGCAAAAGGCUUUUGUCAGCAAAAGAUCACUGGUAUACUGACCCAGAUCAAUUAGAAUACCUAAAUGAUUGCAGGUUACGUGGAGCUUUGCCCUCAGGGUACUUUGUUCGACAUCUGAAGGACGAAAGCCUAAGCCUGAAAUAUAGUGUUUUAGGACUUAAAAAACUCAAGCCAAUUUUUUCCAGUAUUUCAAACAGCUUGAAUAUAACACAACUGGAUCUUACCAACUCCUGUCUUGACGAUGAGUGUAUUAAUCAUUUAUGUCAUAUGCUUCGAGAGAAUACAUUUAUAACUAAUCUAAAUUUAUCUGAAAAUCACCUAACUUCCAAAUCAGCUGAAUACCUUUGUGAAACACUCGCAUCAUCAACAGAACUAUUGCAACUAAAUUUAAGGAAAAAUUUAUUCGAUGAUAUUGCAGGAAAAUUUUUUUCAGAAUUGAUUACGACCACGCGAAAAUUGAAAUAUAUGAAUAUUUCUUAUAAUGAUUUGGGUGAAUUAUCUUGUCAAUAUAUUGGAAGAGCGUUGCCACAAGCGAUGACGUUAAUAGAAUUCGACUUAAGUUGGAAUAGAUUGGGAAGGGGAAAAAUGAACAUUUUUGGCAAAGGUCUAGCUGAAAAUAUUUAUUUGAAACAUCUGAACUUAUCUGCCAAUGGAAUCGGUCCAAAGAAAGGAUGUACAGAUUUAGCUUAUGCAUUAAGAAAUAAUGUCACACUAGAAACAUUAGAUUUAAGGGAUAAUAGGAUAAAUCCAGAAGGUUCUGUAUUGUUGAGUAAAGGCUUCUAUGUGAACUCAACGUUAACUUGUUUACGAAUGUCAAGAAAUCCAAUGCAAACUGCUGGUUGCUAUGCUAUUUUAACGGGUAUUCUAAAAAAUCCAAACUGUGGAUUGUUGGAACUUGAUGUACAGGAUAUUAUAGUAAAUCAAGAUUUUCUUGAUUUACAAGAUUCAGCUCGAAUUAAACUACCGAAUCUAUGUGUAAGAUACGGUCAGACAACAACUGAUAAAAUUCGGGUACUGUCACCAAGUUUCAAAAGAUCUGAAUAUAGUCCAAAAGAAAUCUUGAUCAUAAUGGGACGUUCAACAAAACAAAGUUUAGCUGAUUUACUACGUCCUUUGGAUAUUGCCGGUAAUAAAAUUGUUACAAGACAAGUAUUCGUGAAAAUUCUAAAUCUUUUAUUAUUGAUUAUGUACAGUCAGUGGUAUCUUGAAAUAUUAGUAGAAAAUUAUGGAUGUAAAUGGCCUAAUGAAAUAUAGUUUCCAUUUAUUGUGAGAGAAAUGGAAUGAAGACGUGAAGAUAGUAAGAAGAAAACAGAACUUAAAGGAAACAAAUGAUAGUAGGCUAACAUAAGGUAAACAUUUUACUUGUUAAAACCUGAGCAAUUAAAAAUAAAUAGCUUCAAUGAUGGGUUUCAGCAAUUCGUGUAAACCUUCUACAAGAAUAUUAUCAAAUAAACAAAAAAUAAAAAACAAGGUCAUAGUAAAAGAUAGUUUCAUCAUGUGUAGAUAUUGGCUUGUCCUGUAUACUGUGAAAAUUCGUAUUCUUCGAUUCGAA